GUGGUAUAUCUUGGUUUAGUUAUAUCUUUGGUAACGUGCUAAUGGCGGUGGGAAUUCAACUGUGUAGCAUUAGCUAGUGGAAAUUAUUGUUGUUUAUGCUUGCUUGACAGCACAAUUAUAUGUUACAUUCUUUAGAUGCUAAAUUAGCUGGGUUGUUACAUCUAGCUGGACGUCUGUGCGUUUCAAAUUGACAUCUAGUCGUGGAAAAUGACGCACGUUGUUCAGGUGACAAAUGUCUCUCCGAGCACCACCUCCGAACAGAUGAGAACUCUGUUCGGGUUUCUGGGGAAUAUUGAAGAACUCAAGUUAUUUCCACCAGAGUGAGUAUUCUGAAUAUGAAACAAUUAGCUAGCUAGUAGCGACGUACAUUUUUCAUAAAUCCUGCCAAAUUUGGCCUUCGCACAGGUUGGGGCCUGUCAGGCCGCAGUCCACCCCUAGCUAAUAGUAAUUCGCUAGCUAACAUUAGCUAGUUAGCAUACACACGAGUGUGUGCUUGCUCAUGCAACUGAUACAGAGCAGGAGCCAAGCUCGCGCCUACUUGGCUGUGAACUCGCAAUUUAGCUAGAUGGUUAACUUGAUAGCUAGUUAGUAAAUAUUGCUUACAACAAGCUCAUGGAGAAGGAUAUCUGCGAAGUCUUGGCCCUCAGUGCCUAUAUGAAACAUCUACUUAACCAGCUAACUGUACUGAGAAACAAAUGGCUAGUAAGCUAACGUUAUCUUGUGCUACCGAAUAACAAAUCAGGCCUGCAGUCAAUACUAUAGUAAUUAUUUGACAAAACAAACUGUCUGGAAUCAAACUGUUUUGAAUGAUCCUAAUACUGUGAAAACAAAUGGCUCCAUUUGAAUAACAGGGCAGGGUAGUAGGAGCUAAUUAAUCUGUGUUCUGUGCUUUGCUGUUUUUCACCUGUCGAAUUACACCUGGCUGCACUGCAGUUAAGGUAGGAAUUACAAGACGUCUUGAUCAUCCCUCUGAAGCUCUCGUGGCAAAGACAAGAAAAGACUGCAAGAGAUGCAAUGUUCUUUCAUUGCUCUGUCUUCCCAAUUGUAACUAAACCAGACAUAAAAUACGUUUCAUUAGAAAAGUGAUAAGUGAGCAUUUGUUUUCAGGAAGAAAGUAUACUAACAAAGUGUUAGUACCAUGUUUCUAAUACCCUAUGUUGAGAAUCUUUGUAUUUCUUGCACAACAAAUUUGUAUUUUCUUCCAGUGAAUCUCCCUUGCCUGUGACUUCACGUGUCUGUUUUGUAAAGUUCCUUGAAUCUGAGUCGGUUGGAGUGUCCCAGCAUCUGACCAACACUGUCUUUGUGGACAGAGCCCUGAUUGUUGUCCCAUUCGCAGAAGGUUGGUGAUCUUUGUCCUAUUUCUAAUGUUUUCCAACAUACUAUAUGAACUAACUCAAGCUCAACCAAACCCCAUUGUUUAUGAACAUUUAAUUUAAAGUAAGAUUUAGUACACAAGUCUUACCAGAGAUUGACAAUAUAAUAGGGGUAAAAGGGAAUACAUGUGUAAUCUUGCUGUUCUACUAUAGCCUAUUAAUUAAAAAUAUAUAUCUCUCUCAUUUGUUUGUUGUGGUUUUCGACGUGGACAAGGCAUCUGCUGAGCCCCCUCCUUGCAGACUGAACAGGGUCCUCUACUGCCAUCAGGAGAUUAGACACAUAGGCCCCUUCCCACUGUUGUUCUGCUGUAAAGAUAAACUAUCUUUAUCUCCAAGGCAUCUUUUCAUUAUAAGGAUAACCACUCAAUGAACCAUAGCAAUAGCAGGGACCAAGGGCCCUCCCUACCCCUCAUAUAAAAAAAAAUCUUAAAUCUGGAAACGAGAUUAAAGUAAUCCAAGUUUGAAGGCCACAAUCAGUAGUAGGUAUGCGUCUAAUAAACUAAACUAAAGGAAGCAUGCAAAGGUAAAUUAACUGAUUGCGGCAAUGCAUGCCUGAGUAGAUUUGUAUAGUACUCGGCCUACAACCAUUUAGUUACUUUCAGCUACUGGCCUGGAAGUUUAUGAACAUAAUUUUGGUUACGAUUCACAUGCUUAUCUGUUAUUUGGAUUUAACCCACCCAAUUUGAAUAGCUUUGUUUCGCGGUCCUUUUAUACAUAUUUGCAUCUCCAUCCCCACAUUUUCACUAACUGCAGGUAAAAGUAAGACUGGUUGUUGUAGUGAAAUGCUUUAUAAUGAUCCUCUCCACUUGACUCUGAAAGGGUUUUAGUAAGUCACACAUUUAACGGUGGUUUUUCUUUUUGUUGUUGUGUUUUACAGUUCUUUUUCCUGGUUCAGCCAGCCCUAUAUACCAGGCCCUGCUGAAAAUGCCACCCAACAGUUUUGUCUUCUGCAGCUUAUCCUGUUUCUCAAGUGUCCUUUGUUGUUUUUCUCUGAAAAGAUGAAACGUCGUGUUAUUUGAAAUUAGCUUAAUUUCAGAUUGCACACCCAUGGACCAUCUCAUAAAAUUAGUUUUUAUUUCACUAUUGUAUAUUUUUUUUCUUCAGCAUUGGGCACAUAGUUAACCAUUCUAUUCGGGCUUUUGCUGGCAUUUUCCCUUAUUUGUCAGAGCCUACUCAGUACUCUUCGGCAGGUAGCCUUGAGGUUAGCGUUUGGGCCAGUUCGAAUACCAGAGCCGACAAGGUGAAAUAAAAAAUCUGCCACUGUGCCCUUGAGCACUUAAUCCUAACUGCUCCAGGGGCGCUGUACAAUGGCGACCCUGACCGUGACCCCACUUCCUGCAGGUGUCUCGGGGAGUUUGGAUAUGCAAAAAAAAACAUUUCCAUUACACACUUGUGAGUAACAGGACAAAUAUAACCCCCCCCCCACCCCCCCCAAAAAAUAUAUAUUAUUCUUUCUGUUAGUUAUAAGUUAAGUUAAACUUUACAACACUGUACAUGAGUGGUAUUCUAUGAAGCGAGUUUAAGGAGUUGGCAAGGUAACUUUGGUCAACUCAAGAUAACCAGUCAUACGAAAGUGGCUUGCCUUUUAGCCAGGUAAAUUUCUAUGGCAACGGAUCCUUCAGAACUAACCUGCUCCAGGGCAGACUAACUCGCGGCUUACUCCACUUACCCUGAAUGAAAUGACUGUGUAACGAGUUGAGGCCCAAUGGAAUCAGAUUCCCUCUUUCUUGCAAAUAUUGAAGAAGGCUGUUUAUUUGAGGAAGAUGAUUGAUUAAAUAUUUUAUUAAUGACAGAAUGCAUUUAAAACUUUAAACGCACAGUAACACUUUUGUAUGUCUUAAUACAAUUAUUUUAUCGAUAGGAGUGGGGGGGGGGUGGUUGUGCAUUGAUAAGCACACCAACCAAAGUCGGCAUUAAAGAUAAGUGAUAAAAUACAGACUUCUAAAAGCCUAUUUCACCCCAUAGCCUGCUGAAUUUGCAAUCUAACGUUUCUUUCAUUUUCUUUUGUUUAAAUAAAAAAUGUGUCACCAACUCGCCCAUAGAUUUAUAUUACGGCAUUGUCUCAAUGAAAAGUUCAGCAUUUGCUUAGACAUGUGCGACAUGCACACACAGUUAUAAACCUGCUGAAGUUAGAGGCAGGUGGACAAGCAAUAUCCACCGUCAUAGUAUGGAUGAAGCCGGAGGUGGAAUGUGACGCUAACUAAAGCUGGUUAGCUGUAGAAAACCUUGAGUAGAUCUAGCUUGCUUCGUAGGAUACCCCUCUGGUGAAUACAGUAGCCAAUCAACAGCGCUGUAGGCUCUUUGGAAGAAAGAAGCCACCAGCAAAAGCCCCGAAAACAGAAUUUGAUUGAGCCUUUUCUGUUUGUUUUGUAAUGGUAAGUGUUUUAGGCAAAAGUAAUGAACUGUUCCCUGCUGUUGACGCCAAAAUCAUGAACUUUGUUUUGUGUAUCUUGAUGUUUUUGUGUGCUUUAUAGCGAAGCAGCCGGCGCGAGUCGCUUGUUCAUAAAACAUCUAAUGAAACUUGAGAGCACAUCCCACUGGACAACUGGCUGUGCUUGCUUACGUUUGGUUCAUGACUUAAAAAACAAGUACAGGUGAUAAAAUCUUAGCAGUGUUGACCAUAGUGUGUAUUGUGACUUUAUUCUCAUAGUAGUAUUCUGAAAUCAUACUUAGCAAAUCAGGGACCAACAUUUUCCGACAACACAACAUGGAAUGUAUGUCUUGCUACAUAUCUAUUGUGGUAAGAGUAGUUAGUUUGAGGUGGUUUGUUUGUUGCUCUGUUUGAGUGUGAUGGAUGUUUGCAAAGGCCUGUACUGAUUCUGUGGUGUUUUUCUCCAGGAGUGAUUCCUGAUGAGUCUAAAGCUCUGUCACUGCUGGCACCAGCGAACGCUGUGGCAGGAUGCAUGCCUGGAGGAGGCCUUCUCCCCACUCCAAAUCCUUUGGCGUCGGUAAGUAUUCUGCAAGAAGUGUGUAUCUAUUGGUGUCGUAUUGAGACCUAUCAACUGUGUAACCAUGUAAGGCCCCAUUUUGACAACAUAAAAAGUAGCUGGAAGGAAGAUUUGUCUGAUGUGUAUCCCUUGUCCUUGCAGAUGGGAGGCGUACCUCUUUCAGCUCUCGGAAAUCCGAACAUGGAUCACAUGGCUGCCAUGGGCAUGUCUGGCAACAUGAACCCCCAGGUUGGACAUGGCUACUUUCUAUUUCACAAAUCUCUGUACUUUAAAACGGGUGUAGGUUAUAGUAUUAAUUCUUAAGUAACAUGAUUUAAAAAAUCCCCAUCAAAAUCUGUCAAUUUAAGCUAGAGAUGUCAGUUUUUUUGCAUGGUCUGCGUCUCAAUCCACCGCAUCCGACUAUGUGGGCCUUCCGCAUCCUCGAUGGAAGUGGCCGAGCUACAGCUGCCUUUGUCAGACCAUGAGACAUCCCAAAAAUUGGUCCUCUCACUAACGUCUGUAGCUUCCAAACUGUUUGACCUACAAACUAAUAUAACCGCUGGAAAGAUGAGAUGCUUACGAACACAAUGGUGUUCUCCGUUUUGCUCUCCGACACGUCUGAAGUCGGUAAAGAUGAUGUACCAUCUUCUGUCUGUAGCGUCCGAAUUGUUUGGGCUACAAACUAAUGACUCCACUGUGGAAUGAACAUAACAAGAUUCAACAACUGAGACAUAAACUGAACAAGUUCCACAGACAUGUGACUAACAGAAAUUGAAUAAUGUGUCCCUGAACAAAGGGGGGGUCAAAAUCAAAAGUAACAGUCAGUAUCUGGUGUGGCCACCAGCUGCAUUAAGUACUGCAGUGCAUCUCCUCCUCAUAGACUGCACCAGAUUUGCCAGUUCUUGCUGUGAGAUGUUACCCCACUCUUCCACCAAGGCACCUGCAAGUUACCUGACAUUUCUGGUGGGAAUGGCCCUAGCCCUCACCCUCCGAUCCAACAGGUCCCAGACGUGCUCAAUGAGAUUGAGAUCCGGGCUCUUCGCUGGCCAUGGCAGAACACUGACAUUCCUGUCUUGCAAGAAAUCACGCACAAAACGAGCAGUAUGGCUGGUGGCAUUGUCAUGCUGGAGGGUCAUGUCAGGAUGAGCCUGCAGGAAGGGUACCACAUGAGGGAGGAGGAUGUCUUCCCUGUAACCCAUAGCGUUGAGAUUGCCUGCAAUGACAACAAGCUCAGUCCGAUGAUGCUGUGACACACCGCCCCAGACCAUGACGGACCCUCCACCUCCAAAUCGAUCCCGCUCCAGAGUACAGGCCUCGGUGUAACGCUCAUUCCUUCGACGAUUAACGCGAAACCGACCAUCACUCCUGGUGAGACAAAACCAUGACUCGUCAGUGAAGAGCACUUUUUGUCAGUCCUGUCUGGUCCAGCGACGGUGGGUUUGUGCCCAUAGGCGACGUUGUUGCCGGUGAUGUCUAGUGAGGACCUGCCUUACAACAGGCCUACAAGCCCUCAGUCCAGCCUCUCUCAGCCUAUUGCGGACAGUCUGAGCACUGAUGGAGGGAUUGUGUGUUCCUGGUGUAACUCAGGCAGUUGUUGUUGCCAUCCUGUACCUGUCCCGCAGGUGUGAUGUUCGGAUGUACCGAUCCUGUGCAGGUGUUGUUACACGUGGUCUGCCACUGUGAGGACGAUCAGCUGUCCGUCCUGUGUCCCUGUCUUAAGCGUCUCCCUGGCCUCAUGCCUCCUUGCAGCAUGCCUAAGGCACUUUCACACAGAUGAGCAGGGACCCUGGGCAUCUUUCUUUUGGUGUUUUUCAGAGUCAGUAGAAAGGCCUCUUUAGUGUCCUAAGUUUUGAUAACUGUGACCUUAAUUACAUUUACAUUUUACAUUUUAGUCAUUUAGCAGACGCUGUUAUCCAGAGCGACUUACAGGAGCAUUUAGGGUUAAGUGCCUUGCUUAAGGGCACAUCGACAGAUUUUUCACCUAGUCGGCUCGGGGAUUAGAACCAGCGACCUUUCGGUUACUGGCACAACGCUCUUACCCACUAAGCUACCUGCCUACCGUCUGUAACCGGUUAGUGUCUUAACGACCGUUCCACAGGUGCAUGUUCAUUAAUUGUUUAUGGUUCACCGAACAAGCAUGGGAAAGAGUGUUUAAACCCUUUACAAUGAAGAUCUGUGAAGCUAUUUGGAUUUUUACAAAUUCUUUGAAAGACAGGGGCCUGAAAAAGGGACGUUUCUUUUUUUGCUGAGUUUAGAUAUGCAUUUUUGUGUUCUCUACUAUUUCAGGCCCUCUCUGCUGACUUUUUGAAGCUUAUUCAGUCCAUGGAUCCUACUAAGUAAGUAUCACCCCCAAUUCUGACCUAAAGAAUGUUAUUAUUGAGUAUGUGGUGAAGUCAUCUGUAUUAUUUUUGGGUGACUAACUGGGGUUUGACCAUUGCAGGAUGAAUCAAAUGGCUGCUGGUGUGAUGGUUAAUCCUAGUAUGAAGAAUGACUCCAACAAGGAGAUAGAGGAGGCCAUGAAGCGGGUCAGAGAGGCCCAGUCACUCAUCUCUGCCGCUAUCGAGCCUGGAAGUGAGUUCUUGCUAAUAUAGACCACUUAUAUUUGCAGUAUUACACUUGUAUUUUGACUGAAUUACUCAUUCCUGUCUUCUAUGGUGCUCUUCCUCACGUCUUCAGACAUUGGCGGUUGUAAUGUUAGUCAGUUCCCACAGAUUUGUAUUGUUACUUUGGAGUUUCCUGAGCUUUCAUUCUUCCUCUUUGCAGAUAAGAAAGACGAAAAGCGCAAACAUUCCCGCUCCAGGUCCCGGUCGAGGCGGAAGAGGUCCAGGUCUCGUCACAGGUACGCCGCUGAUGAGAAACGGUAUACCUUAAUUAAAUCAGCAAUUUUGGAUGUGCUGAAGGUUAGCCCCACUUUACAUGUAUAUUGUAUAUGUAUAUUCAUGAGUAGAUAUUGGAAAACGUCAUCAAACCAGUCAUGAUGCAUCUUGAGUGGUUUGAGUGCAUGGAUUAGUUGGGACAGCUCUGAGUUCUGGUUAAAAAACCUGUCUAAUCUGAUUGCAGGCGAUCAAAGAGCAGGUCUCGACGGAGGUCCCACUCGAGGAACAGGAGGCGGUCAAAGAGCCCCCGCAGAAGGAAGUCCCACUCCAGAGAGAGGGGUAGACGGAGUAAAUCCAGGUGGGUGGCCAUCUACAGUGUUUUAUUCACAGCGGGAAUCAGGGAAAAUGUGGUGCAUGAUGUACCUGUUUCAGGAUUCCUUCAAAUCAUUGUUUGCCUUCAAUGUUUUUCCUGCUUUUAGGGAUCGGAGAAAAGAGGAGAAAUCCAAAAAGCGCUCCAGGACGCCGCCUAAGAGCUACAGCAGUACCAGGAGGUCUCGAAGCAUCAGUCGGUGAGUGGUUUAAAUAAAGGAGGAGUCUGGUUAGAUUGACCUAAAUGCAUUGACCCUCUUGAUAUUCUGAACCUUUCAGGAACCCAAAGACAACCAGUGGAAUGUAGGGUUAGAUGUUUCCCUCACAUCUUUAAUUUCUGGUCUUCAACAGGAGACGUAGGAGAAGCCGCAGCGCCUCUCGGUCACCAAAGAAGUCCAGGUCCCCAAAGAGGAAACUGUCCAGGUCCCCUUCCCCUAGAAGGUGAGUGUGGUACAUAAGAGGGUCGUCCUGGUUCAGAACCACACUGGGCUACACAGUGCAGUAAUCUGUAGGUGUACCUGUCUGUAUUUAAACAAUCGUUUUUGUUCCCUCAGGCACAAGAAGGACAAAAAGAAGGACAAAGAGCGAGAGAAGGACCGUGACAGGGAUCGCGAGAGGAAAGACGACCGGAGCCGAGACGAAAGAGAACGAUCCACCAGUAAGAAGAAGAGCAAAGACAAGGAUAAGGACAGAGACCGCAAAUCUGACAGCGAGAAAGGAGAUGUCAAGGUGUGCAACCACUGACUUUCCCACAUUAACGUCUCAUUCUAAUCGUAUCUGUUAUACAGUGGGGGGAAAAAGUAUUUAGUCAGCCACCAAUUGUGCAAGUUCUCCCACUUAAAAAGAUGAGAGGCCUGUAAUUUUCAUCAUAGGUACACAUCAACUAUGACAGACAAAUUGAGAGAAAAAAAUCCAGAAAAUCACAUUGUAGGAUUUUUUAUGAAUUUAUUUGCAAAUUAUGGUGGAAAAUAGUUUUGGUCACCUACAAACAAGCAAGAUUUCUGUCUCUCACAGACCUGUAACUUCUUCUUUAAGAGGCUCCUCUGUCCUCCACUCGUUACCUGUAUUAAUGGCACCUGUUUGAACUUGUUAUCAGUAUAAAAGACACCUGUCCACAACCUCAAACAGUCACACUCCAAACUCCACUAUGGCCAAGACCAAAGAGCUGUCAAAGGACACCAGAAACAAAAUUGUAGACCUGCACCAGGCUGGGAAGACUGAAUCUGCAAUAGGUAAGCAGCUUGGUUUGAAGAAAUCAACUGUGGGAGCAAUUAUUAGGAAAUGGAAGACAUACAAGACCACUGAUAAUCUCCCUUGAUCUGGGGCUCCACGCAAGAUCUCACCCCGUGGGGUCAAAAUGAUCACAAGAAUGGUGAGCAAAAAUCCCAGAACCACACGGGGGGACCUAGUGAAUGACCUGCAGAGAGCUGGGACCAAAGUAACAAAGCCUAUCAUCAGUAACACACUACGCCGCCAGGGACUCAAAUCCUGCAGUGCCAGACGUGUCCCCCUGCUUAAGCCAGUACAUGUCCAGGCCCGUCUGAAGUUUGCUAGAGUGCAUUUGGAUGAUCCAGAAGAGGAUUGGGAGAAUGUCAUAUGGUCAGAUGAAACCAAAAUAGAACUUUUUGGUAAAAGCUCAACUCGUCGUGUUUGGAGGACAAAGAAUGCUGAGUUGCAUCCAAAGAACACCAUACCUACUGUGAAGCAUGGGGUUGGAAACAUCAUGCUUUGGGGCUGUUUUUCUGCAAAGGGACCAGGACGACUGAUCCGUGUAAAGGAAAGAAUGAAUGGGGCCAUGUAUCGUGAGAUUUUGAGUGAAAACCUCCUUCCAUCAGCAAGGGCAUUGAAGAUGAAACGUGGCUGGGUCUUUCAGCAUGACAAUGAUCCCAAACACACCGCCCGGGCAACGAAGGAGUGGCUUCGUAAGAAGCAUUUCAAGGUCCUGGAGUGGCCUAGCCAGUCUCCAGAUCUCAACCCCAUAGAAAAUCUUUGGAGGGAGUUGAAAGUCUGUGUUGCCCAGCGACAGCCCCAAAACAUCACUGCUCUAGAGGAGAUCUGCAUGGAGGAAUGGGCCAAAAUACCAGCAACGGUGUGUGAAAACUUUGAAGACUUACAGAAAACGUUUGACCUGUGUCAUUGCCAACAAUGGGUAUAUAACAAAGUAUUGAGAAACUUUUGUUAUUGACCAAAAACUUAUUUUCCACCAUAAUUUCCAAAUACAUUUAUUAAAAAUCCUACAAUGUGAUUUUCUGGAGAAAAAAAUUCUCAUUUUGUCUGUCAUAGUUGACGUGUACCUAUGAUGAAAAUUACAGGCCUCUCAUCUUUUUAAGUGGGAGAACUUGCACAAUUGGUGGCUGACUAAAUACUUUUUUUCCCCACUGUAUGUCCGUCGAAAUAGCUUUUUUUUUUAAACCGACCCUGAAUGUUUUUAUGUCCUGACUGAUCUGUUUCAUGUGCCAUUCAUUCCUUUAUUGCUCAGAGCGCUUUGCUCUUGCAGGUGACCAGGGAUUAUGACGAAGAGGAGCAAGGCUAUGACAGUGGAAAAGAGGGAGAGGUAGAGGAGAGGAAGAGUGACUCCGAUUCUGCAUCCCCUCCGAAGCCCCAGGAGUCUGACGAGAAGCCUGUAGGAGAGAGCGGCAAGAAGUCCAAACAGAACGGAGAUGACCACCAUGAUGAGGAAGACAUGGAGAUGAGCGACUGA